AUCAGAGGAAUCCGAAGGGUGAAAUUAUUCUGAAUCGACUAUAAAGUAUUUAUAAAAUGGAUAGAGUAUUUUUUUAGGCUUAUUAAUAUCUCUAUGAAAUUGAUUUUCUUUCCCACAUAUCAAGAAAUAAUAUAAAUUGAAUUUCUCAGGUUAUUUAUCGAAAUAAUCUGAUUCCACUUCGGAUUCUUUUGGUAGUUUACAUUGAUUUGUGACAAAUCCGAUUUGGCGCUUGUUUUGGCGGUGUUUACAAAACAGCGGACAAUGAAUGAGACUGAAAUUUACAGUAUUACUGAUCUGAACUCCCCUCCAGCUAAAUUACAGAGGAGAGAAGAUGGCAAUAGUCACUACCAGUUUAUACCACUGCCUUUACCUAAUCAGAUCUUCAUUUUUACAUUGGGAGAUUGGACAAAAUCUCAACAAUGUAUAGAGGCUACCAUCACCUAUAAAGAUGAACCACUACAGCUUGGAAAAAUAACUAGAAACCAAAGAUGUUUGUGCUGGGAAAGAAGAAUGAUGAAGAAAAGCAGCAGCAAUGUAUUCUCAUCUGAACAGAAUGGUCUAGCUAAGUUAGUGUUGGAAGUUCAGAAUCGACAGACCAGUUUAGAAUCAGCUGAUGAUUCUAUCAUAAAACAGGAAGAAAAUGAAGAUACUCCCAAAGUUCAUGUAAAUCAUAAUACUGAAGAAAACAACAAACCUGUGAAACAGAAACGUAGAUCAAGUCUGACUAAAUCUGACCAAACACCAACUGGACCAUCAUCUAAGAAACCAAAAACAAGAACAAGAAAUCUAAAAACUAAGUUAAACAGUUCAGUUACUGAAGUCAAUUUGGAAGAAAAAGAAAAUAUUUCAUCACCCAGAAUACCUUCUCCACUUAAACUGAGUCUUUCUCCAAACAGUAAACCAGUUGUCACCAGUAAACCCACGCUGGCAACUUGUAAAGAUGUUACUAGUAGAGCACCACACCCCAGUAGUAGAUGGGGCCACAGUUUCUGUAUGGUACAUGACAACAUGGGAGUAUUGAUUGGUGGACAAGGAGAACGACAGCAAAUCAGUAAAGAUUCAGUGUGGUCUUUAGAUCCAGUGACAAGGAAAUGGAGAGACCAGGAAAUUACCAGUGAGAUACCGAACCAGAAACCAGAAUAUAGAAUGGGACAUACAGCAACUUAUGACCCUACACUCAGAUGUGUAUAUGUGUAUGGUGGAUCUAAAAACCUCAAAUGGUUCCAUGAUGUACACAUGUUAGACGUAGAUGAAUUUAAAUGGCAGCUCUUAAAAGUGGCAGGGAAAGCACCUACCAGAGCCUAUCAUAGUGCUACACUUUAUCGUAAUGAGUUAUGGAUAUUUGGUGGAGUUUACCCCCGUCCAGACCCUCAGCCUGAUGGUUGCAGUAAUGAAGUACACAUCUUCAGUCCCGUUCUAGAAAACUGGUAUGCACCGAUAGUCAAUGGAGAGAAGCCGCUACCAAGAUCAGGACAUUCAGCAACUUUGAUAAAUGACCAGCUAGUCAUGUUUGGAGGUUGGGAUGCCCCAUACUGUUACAAUGACCUCUAUAUACUAGAUAUGAGUAUUGUGGAAUGGGCAAAACCAAAAGUUAAUGGAACACCUCCAUCACCAAGAAGUUGGCAUGCCUCCUGUGCUUUGAAAGGGAACAGAAUAAUGAUACAUGGUGGCUAUGAUGGUGAUCUGGCAUUGGAUGAUUUACAUAUCUUCACACUUGCUACAUCAUCCUGGAUGAAGAUAAAACUGGAACCCAGUCCAAUACCAAGAGCUGGUCACCAGGCCAUAUGUCUACCAUACAAUCAUGAAAAUGAAGAACAGGAUGAAGUUUUAAUAUUUGGAGGAGGUAACAAUGACGGGAGCUUCUUCCAUGAUUUAUUAUCAGCCAACAUUCCAUUCAAUCCCAUAGAAGAUCAGUCCGUCUUAACCGAUGCCAUUCAGAAUUCAUAAUGGACCUGUAUUUCUCAUAAAACAUAAAGUAACUGUAUUUCUCAUAAUACAUAAAUUAACUGUAUGUAUUGUGUAUAUGCAGUAAAAUCAUAUUUUAUCAAUUUGUAUAAAGAAGUUCCAUGUAGGAAUACUACGAUGUGUAAUGAUAUUUUAUUUUAUCUCAAUUCUUAUUAUUGAAACAAAUCAGGAGUGGUUAUAAGUCCAUGAAAUAAAGGUAUAUGUUUAAAAUAGCUGAUAGUACAAUUAAAAUUGAAUUUGCAAGAAAUUUUAUUGACGAUUGUAUGAUUUUGGUUGUUAGAGAAUUGAAUUAUGACAUUGUUCUUCUAUGACUUGAUGUGUAAAAGUUUCGGUAUAAGUGGUGUUAGUUGGCAGAACACCAAUGUAUGUUUUGUACAUGUAUAACUUUAUAAGUACCAAUCGUAUCGGACUUCAAAUAGAAAAAGUUGAUGAUUGAUGAAAAAAAAUUCAAAGAGAUAAAAAUUCAUUUUUAACUUUGAAAAGAUUUUAGAAUAAUUAUUAUGAAUUAGAAAAUAUUAUAUAAAUAUUUAUUUUGAAGUGUUUUGAACUUCCUGAACGUAUUAUGUUGAAAUAUUAACAUCAUCAUUAUUAAACCAUUACGAUCUUAUGAUCUGUCUUCUUUGUUAGUAUAUUUCAGUAGUAAUAAAAUCUGUUAAACAUC